CGUUACUCCUACUAACGUCCUGUGCCAUGGAGAUGCCUUAGGGAAGAACCAUGGAGAAGUAUGCUAGACUACAGAAGAUAGGAGAAGGUUACUUUGGAAAGGCUAUUCUUGUCAAAUCUACUGAAGAUGGACGGCAUUAUGCUAUCAAGGAAAUUAGCAUCUCUAGAAUAUCCAAUAAAGAAAGAGAAGAAUCCAUGAGAGAAAUUGAUUUGUUGGCAGACAUGAAGCAUCCAAAUAUUGUCCAGUAUAAAGAAUCAUUUCAAGGAAAUGGCUGUCUUUAUAUAGUGAUGGAUUACUGUGAAGGAGGGAAUCUGUUGAAACGAAUAAAUGCUCAGAGAGGCAUUUUGUUUCAAGAGGACUUGGACUGGUUUGUACAGAUAUGUUUGGCCCUGAAACAUGUUCAUGAUAGAAAAAUUCUUCAUCGAGACAUAAAAUCACAGAAUAUAUUUUUAACCAAAGAUGGGACUGUACAACUGGGAGAUUUUGGAAUUGCUAGAAUUCUCAAUAGUGCUGUAGAUCUGGCUCAAACUUGUAUAGGAACUCCCUACUCCUUAUCACCUGAAAUCUGUGAAAAUAAGCCUUAUAAUAAUAAAAGUGACAUUUGGGCUCUUGGUUGUGUUCUGUAUGAGAUGUGUACUCUUAAAUAUGCAUUUGAAGCUGGCAGUAUGAAAAACCUGGUACUGAAGAUAAUAUCUGGAUCUUGUCCUCCUGUGUCUUUGCACAAUUCUUCUGACCUCCGCAAUUUGCUUUCUCAGUUACUUAAAAGAAAUCCUAGGGAAAGACCAUCAGUCAACUCCAUAUUGGAGAAAGGUUUCAUAGCCAAAUGCAUAGAGAAGUUCCUUUCGCCUCAGCUUAUUGCAGAACAAUUUUGUCUAAAACCGUAUUCCAGGUUGAAAGCCCUGCCAGCUAAAAGACCAGCUUCAGGACAAAGUUAUGCUUGGAGAAUGUCUGCUCAGAAAAUUUCAAAACCUGUUGAUAAAUAUGGAGUAUCUUUACUAUAUAAGAAAAAUGGGGAUAAAAAGUUAAAUGAAAAGAAACCACUUCAAAAAUAUAAACUGGGCCCUCAGGCUGCAUUGAAGAAAAUGAAUCCUGGAGAAGAAAGGAGGAAGAUGUUUGAGGAAACACCAAGAAAGAAAGAGUUGGAAUUAAUUGAAAAGCAGAAGAACUCGAAAGACCAGAUUAGUUUCUUGAGGGCUGAGAUGAAAAGGCAAGACAAAGAGAGGUUGGAGAGAAUAAAUAGGGCCAGAGAACAAGGAUGGAGAAUUGUGCUAUGUGCUGGUGGAAGUAGUGAAGUAAAGCCUUCCUUUUUUGGCGUUGGAGGUGUUGUGUCUCCAUCUGGUUCUUCUUGAGGAAAGUAUGAGCGUUAUCAUGCUAUUUUUGAUCAACUGGAGCAAUGAGUGGCAGAUAGUGAAGCCAAAUGGAAAGAAAUUUGUGACCAAAGACUUUCAGAAUAGCAGAGGGGACACAUAGAUGUGGAAAGAGAUCAGCAAGUGAAAGAGUUUCUCCAGCGAAAACAUGAAGCAAGGCAGAAUAAAGCCCGAGCUGAAUGUCAUAAGGUUUAUCUGGCAAGGCUAAGACAAAUAAGACUGCAAAAUUUCAAUGAACUACAACAGCUUAGAGCCAAACUUUGUGGUGAAAAGAAAAAAGCUAAUGGUUCUGAAGGACAAGAAAGAAAUGAGGAGGCUGAUGCGAGGUGUAAAAAAACAGAAAUACUUAAGGCCCAA